GAAGGUUUAAACCUCCCAAAAAUUCAAUUCGAGGCUGCUGAUAUCGCGACGCGUACGGCAGGUCGUGGUUGUUCGUCCGCGCGAUGAACUUGCUGCGCGCAGUUUAUAAAAUGACAACAGCGCCGUCAGAACUUGCUAAAGAUGGAGGAGAAAAGGAGGAUGAGGAAUUAGACGCGGACGACGAGGAAGAGCACGAGGACGAGCUAGAGGAAGAGACGCGCGACGAGCGGUUCGACGCGAUUGUUCAGGACCUGCACAGCCGCGUCUCGACACAGGAGCUGAACCAGCGAUUCGGGCGUUUACUCGCCAAUAUCAGCACUUCUGACGACGACGAUGGACAGGAAGUGUACCUGACGCUCGUGCGCGGGGAGGAGUUGGCGGCGGAGGAGUUUGCUGCUUGUUUUGAGAUUAUGAAGAAGAAUAUGAUGCAGUUGUAUAAAUCCUCGACCAUGGGCUGGACUUCACGAGAGAGAAUGGCAGAGCUCAAAGAGCCAGGUCUGAUCUACAUCCUCAUCAAAUCCUCGCCUCCUCAACAGCCCACCACCUCCUCUCCACUCGGCUUUGCAAGCUUCAUGGCAACCUGGGAAAACGACGAACCAGUAGUUUACUGCUACGAACUACAACUCCCGCCCCAGCUUCGCGGGAAGGGACUCGGCAGGCGCGUGCUGGAGAUCAUCGAGACCGUCGGCGCGAGCGUCGGGUUGCCAAAGUGUAUGUUGACGGUGUUUAGCGCGAAUCCGGCGUACGAGUUUUAUACGCGGAUGGGGUAUACGCCGACAGAUUUCUCUCCCGAGCCAACAGUCUUGCGGAAUAAAGUGCUACCGCCGUCAUAUUGGAUUUUGGAAAAGACACUCACACCAACCAGCAUAUAACACAGCAUACCACAAACAAAUAAAAAAAUUACUCAUCUAUAUCUGAGCCACAGCCUUGCGCGGCUCCUCGCCGCCAUCAAACUCGAUCCGCAACGUCGCCCGCAAAGUGUCCGUCAGGAUCAGCAUGAUGCCGAUCGCAUACACGAGCGUGACGGCGUA